CAGCUGCCAGCACCAUGGAGAUUGUGUACGUGUACGUCAAGAAGCGCAGCGAGUUCGGGAAGCAGUGCAACUUCGUGGACCGCCAGGCCGAGCUGAACAUCGACAUCCCGCCCAACCCCGAGCUGGCCGAGCUGUUCGUGGAGCGGAACCCGGUAGACAAGGGCAUCCAGUGCUCCACCAGCAUGUCAGAACACGAGGCCAACACAGAGCGGUUUGAGAUGGAGACCCGGGGAGUCAACCAUGUCGAGGGUGGCUGGCCCAAGGAUGUGAACCCUCAGGAGCUGGAGCAGACGAUCCGCUUCCGGAAGAAAGUGGAGAAGGAUGAGAACUAUGUCAAUGCCAUCAUGCAGCUUGGCUUGAUCAUGGAGCACUGCAUCAAGCAGAACAAUGCCAUCGACAUCUACGAGGAGUACUUCGACGACGGCGAGGAGGUGGAGGUGACCGAGGAGGCCCCUUCGGCGAAAACCAUCAACAUUUUCAGGGACCCCCAGGAAAUCAAGCGGUCAGCCACACACCUCUCCUGGCACCCUGAUGGCCAUAGGAAGUUGGCAGUGGCAUACUCCUGCUUGAAUUUUCAGCGGGCACCUGUGGACAUGAGCAACGAUUCAUACAUCUGGGACCUGGAAAACUCCAAGGCUGAGCUUGCUCUGAAGCCGUCUUCCCCACUCAUCACCUUGGAGUACAACCCCAAAGACUCCCACAUACUCCUAGGGGGCUGCUACAAUGGCCAGAUAGCCUGCUGGGACACGCGGAAGGGCAGCCUGGUGGCGGAGCUGUCUGCCAUCGAGUUCAGUCACCGAGACCCCGUGUACAGUACCAUCUGGCUGCAGUCAAAGACGGGUACCGAGUGCUUCUCGGCAUCCACGGAUGGGCAGGUCAUGUGGUGGGACAUCCGGAAGAUCAGCGAGCCCACCGAGGUGGUGAUUAUGGACAUCUCCAAAAAGGAGCAGUUGGAAAAUGCCCUGGGGGCCAUUUCCCUGGAGUUCGAGUCUACUUUGCCGACCAAGUUCAUGGUGGGCACCGAGCAGGGCAUCGUCAUCUCCUGCAACCGCAAGGCCAAGACGUCAGCCGAGAAGAUCGUGUGCACCUUCUCCGGCCACCAUGGCCCCAUCUACGCCCUCCAGAGAAACCCCUUCUACCCGAAGAACUUCCUGACCGUCGGCGACUGGACAGCCCGCAUCUGGUCGGAAGACAGCCGGGAGUCGUCCAUCAUGUGGACCAAGUACCACAUGGCUUACCUCACUGAUGGCGCCUGGAGCCCAGUGAGGCCGGCGGUUUUCUUCACCACCAAGAUGGAUGGAACCCUGGACAUCUGGGACUUUGUGUUCAAGCAGUGUGACCCCGCCCUCAGCCUGAAGGUGUGUGACGAGGCCCUCUUCUGCCUCCGGGUGCAGGACAACGGGUGUCUCAUUGCCUGUGGCUCCCAGCUGGGGACAACCACCCUCCUGGAGGUCUCCCAUGGGCUCUCCACCCUCCAGAAGAAUGAGAAGAACAUAGCCUCUUCGAUGUUUGAGCGUGAGACCCGGCGGGAGAAGAUCCUGGAGGCCAGGCACCGAGAGAUGCGGCUGAAGGAGAAGGGCAGGGCGGAGGGCAGGGACGAUGACCAGAGGGACGAGGAGCUGGCCGCAGACCUGCAGGCGCUGGUCAGCAAGGCCGAGGAGGAGUUCUUCGACAUCAUCUUCUCGGAGCUGAAGAAAACGGAGGCAGAUGCCACCAAGAAGCCAGUGCCUCAACAGCCAAGUUCAGAGGAAGACCAGGAGGCGGAGGGAGAGAACGUCGUGGAGAAGGAAAGGAGUGAGGAGGAGACGUCCGCCUAG